AUGGGACAGCCUUCCGGUCAGUACAAUCCAAUUAUGUUCAAUCCGCAGCAGUACCUCAACUUCAACUUUGGAAUGAAUUAUACCAACAAUCAGGUACAUUUCCGACAGUCAAAAAUAAACAACAGAAGUUUAAGCUGUUCGAUUUUCCGAACCCACAGCAACAGUAUCUCAUGCAACAACAACAGCAGCAGCCACUACUUCAACAUCAAAAUCCACCGAUUCAGCACGGCAUGGGUGCUAUGCUUACUCCUCAGCAGCAACAACAAAUGCUCCAGCUCAUGCAGCAGCCUGUUCAACCACAAACUCUCCAACAUCAAGUUCAAAGACAGCAGCCGCAGUUACAACAACGUCAAUCCCAGCAGGUAACAAAAGUGAAGGUGGAACUAUAAUCAAACCAUUUUUUGCAGCAACAGUUUCCUCAACAGGCGCCUAUACUUUUUGAACAAAAUCAAAUAACCUCUGCUCAUCAAAAACUCUUCGAAGAGCAAUGCCGACAAAUAGAAAGGGAAAGAAGAGAACAGGAGGAAAGAAAAAAGAAACAAGAUCUUGAAGAUCAGCGGAAACGUGCAGACGAAUUCAAAAAGCAGCGGCUUUUAGAAGAGAGGCGUCACCAUGAAGAACAGCAGAGAUUGCGAGAACAAAUGGAAAGAGAAAGGAUCGAAGAAGCGAAACGAUUGGAAGAAGUCGCUCGCCUGGAAGAAGAACGGCGUGUCGCAGAAGAAAAACGACGAAUAGAAAAACAGCAAAUAGAAAAAUUCACUGAAGAGCGAAACAAGAAAGAAACAGAGUUGCAGAAACAGAGAAGUGGAAUGGAAUCACGAUUUUCACAAAUUCAGCAGCCACUGACUCUUGUCGGCACUCAUUUUCUACCAAACUGUAAGAUUUUAUUCAUCCAAGAAAUCCUAAAUUUCAAUUUUAAGUCCUCGACAUGAUUCCAUUUCCUUAUGAAAGUAUGACUGAUUCAACUGUGCCACACGUUUUCGACAUGAAAAGGAAUGGGUCUAUACUUGACAAUUGUGAUUCUAAUAUGAUUGCCACGAUUAGUAAUUUGCUCAGUUCAACCAACGUCGAUGAUAUGUAAGUUUGUCCAAUUCGCCGUUUGUUCAAUUUUCAAACAAUUUGGAAACUCAUAGGUGCGGGAUGUUGGAGAAACGCCAAAACAUGUUUCCGACCUCGCGGUGGGAUUGAAAUUUUCGAACCAGCGGCAACCAUAAGACAGAACAACUUGGCGCCUUUCGGCUGCCAAAUUUUUUUCCCGAACCAGGCCCCUCACACCUCCAGUCCCGAACUGCCGGCGCGCAAUUCAAAACACCUAUGUGGAAACUGUCUUUUUGGAUGUCCGCUGAGCGCAGCAGAUAGACCGCCCGGACAAAGCCGAACCUGCGACCGCGUGCUCCGUAGGCGCGCAUCUUACCUUUCGGCCACCAGCGGACCAUGUUCAGACAAAAAAGGCACCGGCACCGAUUUUGCGUCUUUUUGAAAGGCACCUUCGCCGAUUUUGCGCUUUUUUGAAAGGCACCGACGCCCAUUUUGCACCGUUUGAAAAGCGCGUAGCGGGCCAAGUUUCAAAAAGCCUUGUAAGAAUGAUAAUUUUCAGCGUUACCCGAAUGGAUAGACUUCGGCCAGAUGACAAAGAAAACAACGAUCUGUUCCUGAGCAACCUUCCUCCGCUCAUUCAAUCCGUCGUCAGUUAUAGCACCAGCGCUCUGGACGUAGACUCCCAUAAUGACAUGGAAUUACUGGAGAAUGAAGACGUUAUGAUGACUGAAGAUAUCACGAGGACUACAUCGUCAGUUCUUGUCGAUUCAUCCAAUUCCUACAGACCAGCAGAAAUCUGUCAUGAUCAAAUAUCCGCUGAUCACAGUUCCAAUAAUUCUGUGGAGUCUGCUGCACCCGUGUCAAUUGAAAAACGAAGACAGAUGAUGUCAGUUGGAAAAGCGCCGAAAGCCGGAGGCGGAAAUCAACGAAAGAAACGUGAUAUGGUAGAAAAUCUGUACGACUCUCUCACUGACAACUUCGUUCCAACGGAUGGAGGGCGCAGAGGAAGGAGACGACAGCGUGGUUCAGACGACGAAGAUGAUGAAUUGCAACGGGAUUUAGAACUGAUUGCCGCAAUGGAAGCGGGCGAAAAGCUACCAAGCAGUGUUACCGGAUUCACUGUGACAGAAGAUGAUGCACAUCACUUCUUUGAGAGUAGAAAAAGGAGAAGAAAAGAGGACAAAGAAAAUAAAAGGGACCGAAAAGACAGAUCUCCGACGCCGACUGAUGUUAUUGAUGCUAGGGAUGCGGAAUGGCAAGAAAGACUCAGGUUAAAACAAGAACGAGAGAAGCAUAAGAAAAACGACGAAGAUGGUUCGUGGAGUUUGCAAUCUCUGGCUGAUGCAGAUACACUCGAGAGGUUUCGUCAAGCUGUCGAUGGUAUUCUUGAGCAAAGUGAAAGCUUGGAUACGGAGAUGGCUAUGCCCAAAAAAAGGAAAUCAAAUUCUAAUGCGAAUAAAGCCGAUGCAGAGUCUGAGGAAGAAGAAGAAGAGCUUGAUGAAAUUGAUCCGGACCUGCGAAUCGAUCUCACUUUGCUCGAGGAGUUGCGCAGAGGCUCGACACGACUUCAUGAAUCUCUCGGAUUUUGUUCAAUACUACCUGAAAAGCUUAUUAAGCUUAUUACAAUGUUGGAUAGAAAUAUGCGUGACGCCAUCUCUGCAGACAAUCAACGACUUCUCAUCCCUUGUGAUGACGAAAUUGAUUUGGGAGACGUUUUCGAGAAGGAAAUUUGCGAAGAACGUGUGAAACGAGCUGUUGAUGCCGCGGUUAUUGCUCUUAGCAUAAUGGCGAGUCGUAGAAUGUUCAAGACGGUUAUUAAUGAGGAUGUGAUCGAACGAAGUAUCGGUUUGACGAAACUCCUGCUCCUCCAUCUUAUCUAUCCAGCAUCCGACAGCGUUUACAAGAUGAUCAACACGAAAAGGAAAGGUAGAAACUCAACAACGUUUGUUUUUAAUUUCCUAUCAACUGUUUCAGAUCGUAUACAAGAAGAUGUGCGACGCCGUAAGAAAGUCGGAGUAUGCAACCGUGAUAAGGGAAGCGAGUACAUUUAUGAGAGAAUAACGGAAAUUGUUGCUCUUCUCGCUGCUCUUGUCAAGUCCGAUUAUGUUCCUGACACUGCUGUCCACAGUUCCGCAUCUAUGGCGCUAUCUCCAUUUUUCGUCGCUAACGUUUCAGCUUUACAAAUUUCGGUGAGCAUACAUUCAUGGAUCUCAUACGUUUCAUUUUUAGGCUAUGCAAUUAGCUUCAAACAUCUUCGCCCGUGCCGAUGAUUCUUUGCGGUUUUCGAUAAUCACGGACUUUUUGUCCGCAUUGCACAGAGCUCCACAGUUCUCUCAAAAGAACACAAACACUGGUUAUGUUCUUCCCGAUGGAACUUGGAUUUCUACGACCACUGCAUUAUUCGUACAACUCGUUCAAAGUACGAUUAAAGUGCCGAAGUAUAAAAAACACGCUGACGAAGAAGAUUUAACCAAAAAGUCUAAAAAAGAGGAAACAUUAGUCAAGGAAUCCUUUGUUCAAGCCUCAAAAGUGACAAACGCUUUCUUGAACGGUUUUCUCGCGAAGUGCUCUCAAAAAGGAAGCAAGUUGGACGGAGAAGAGGACUACAGAAUACUGUUUUCCAACUUUCUUCAGGAAUUGCUCGUGGCUCUUUAUUCCCCAGAAUGGCCAGCUGCAGAGAUGAUUCUUACAGCUCUCGGAUCGCUUCUUGUAAAAAACUUCAGGUACUCGAACUACUCGACAUGUGCUUAAAUUCCGUCUUCAGAUCUAAAGCUACCGAUAUGACAAUCAGACAGGCAUCUCUGGACUAUCUUGGCAACAUCACUGCCCGGCUGAGGAAAGAUAUGAAAGAGGCAACUGGAGAAAGACGACUCGACUCAGUUGUUAAGAAAGCGCUGUUCCUAUUAGAUGACAAAGGGGAAUUGCGAUACGAUUCGUAUGAGUCUGUAGACAUUUCCGAUCUAACCACUAACGAGAAAAUGAAGAUUCUGGAAAGCUCUCUCGUAGACUAUCUCGUGAUUUCCAAUCCUUCCGAUUCCAUUUUGUACGCGUGCAAUUUUUAUGUUGGCGAGUGGUACAAAGAAACGGUCGAGGAUUUGGAGAACGCUAGAAUCAAACACAAGGAGGAUAUGGAGGUGAAAGAGACCGAAAAGGAAAUUCGAAAAGCCGAAAAGAAGUACGAUAGAUUAGUCCAGAAAGGUACUGCGAUGAAACAAUUUCUUGCGAAGCUUCUCGACAAGAAAGAAUUGAAACGAAGACUGGAGAAGUCCAAUCGAGUGAAAAUGUUGGAUUCUGAUGCAAGAUGGGGAGUAAAAUUUUUAGCACAAAGCAGAGAGUUUAGCCAUUCAUUUGAGACGUAUCUGAAACAUGUGAGUUAUUUGUUUUUUAUUGCUAUUUUCCACAUUUCUUAAUUUUAGAUUGUGUUCGGCGCUGGAAGUGAGACAGUGGUUGCUUUGCGUUCGAAAGCUCUGAAAUGUCUAAGUUCGAUUAUCGAAGCAGAUUCGAAAGUGUUGAUUCUGGUAAUUACCGGAACUUGACUGUAUAUUUUUUUAAAUUUGUUUUCAGGAAGAUGUUCAACAAGCGGUGCACACCAGAAUGGUUGAUUCACAUGCUCAAGUUCGCGAGUCUGCUGUUGAACUUAUAGGAAGAUUCGUGUUGUACGAUGAAGAUUACGUGCGAAAGUACUAUUACCAAAUCGCAGAAAGGAUUUUGGACACUGGAGUGGCUGUGCGAAAGCGCGUUAUUCGUAUUAUGCGAGAUAUAUGCGAGAAGUUUCCGUCUUUCGAAAUGAUUCCGGAUAUGCUUGCGAGAAUGAUCAGAAGGGUGACCGAUGAGGAUGGAGUGAAGAAAUUGGUUUAUGAAACAUUUACAACUCUCUGGUUUCAACCAGUGGACAUACGAGUUUAUCCAAAUGGAAUUGCCACGAAAGUUACCACGAUGUGUAGUGUUGCACAGCACUGCAUAAAGGAUGCCAUGAGUGAUUAUCUCGAAAUGUUGAUUCUACAAAUUGUGAAAAGCGGACAAGACAGUUCUUAUAUGGCUGUCGCCGUCAAACAGAUCGUCGACUCGCUCGUGGACCACAUUCUCAAUUUGGAGAUGAGAAAGUCAAAAGAUAAGAAUUUCAUGCCAUCGGAAGCUGAAAUGGCCAAACUGAAGGAACAAGAAGAGAAGUACAUGGCUUACUUAUCCACUUUGGCGAUCUUCAGUAAGAUCCGCCCUAAUCUUUUGACAAGUCACGUCGAAGUACUUCUGCCGUAUCUCACUUUCACUGGCGCUAAAACCAACACUGAGAAUCAAGUGACGAAGGAAAUGAUUGGAAUGUUGGAACGAGUUAUCCCAUUGAUUCCGUUCCCGAGCUCUGAAAUUCUCGACUCAAUUGAUGAGAAUUUGUCCAAAGUUAUCAUGUUCAAUGGAAUGGCGUUGGUGGUUUCUGCGGUUUCGUGUAUUGCCUCCAUCUACCAGAAGUUCAACAGAGGCGCAACAAAGACUAUGGACAUAUUCAACACGUAUUCGCGUAAUAAAUCUACUUUAAGAAACUAACCUAAUCACUGAAAAAUUUUAGGGCAUUUGGAAAUCGUGAAGCGAAACUUUGACACAGAUCCGAAAUAUGAUCUGGAUCCAAAGAUGUAUGCUAUACUUUCGCGAUCCAUUUUUAGUAUUGGUGUCCUUUCUCGUUACUUUAGCUUUGAGAAUAUUUUAAAGUUGAAGACGGAUGUUGUCGAAGAGGACCACAUUGAUAGUCUCAAAGAGAAGAUCUUCAUUCUGCUCGACUUCUUCUCCAGAUAUAAUCGCGGUGGAAUCAGACAAAAAGCAUUGACUGCCCUUGGUUAGCUAUCAUGUAUGAAGAUUUUUGAAAUGGUUAACUUCAUUGCAGGUCAUUUCUGUGCGAAACACUCAUCUUAUCUUACUAAGAAACAACUACAAAAUACAUAUCUUGAGAUCCUCCAAUCAUCUACUGUCGCAGGAAUGCAGCAAAGAAUUUUGGUUCUGCAAAACCUCGAAAUGUUUUUACAAUGCGAAGAGCAGAAACUUGCUGCAAGUCAUGAAAACUGGGAUGAGAAGAAAGACAUGCAAAACUUGAAAGAGAUGGAAUUGAGUGGAUCAGGUCUAGGAUCGUCCGUCAUUCAAAAAUACUGGAAAGCAGUGCUUGAAUCCUUCGUCGAUUCCGAUGUUCAUUUGCGAAGAGCUGCAGUGCAGGUGGUCUGGCUAACUCUGAAUCAGGGGUUGGUUACUCCUGGAGCAUCGAUUCCGACACUUAUUGCGAUGACCACCGAUCCAGUGGAUAUUAUCCGUAACAGGAUAGACAUUUUGCUGAAAGAGAUUGAUUCGAAAUACUCAGGAAUGGUUCAGAGCAAGGCAAUGCAGGGGGUUAGGCUCUCUUAUCAGCUACACUUCAAGCUUCGACAUAGCGUAAACGGUCAUGUUAAGCCGGUUCGAGGAUUCCGAUUUUGUGAUUUCCAUUGUGGGAAGCUAUAAAAUCAUGCAUUUCUCUGAAUUCAUGUUGUUUUCAGUGAAUACUUCUCCACAUGCACUUCCCGAAAAGACACACGACGGAAUGGCUGUUCUUAGCGGACUUUAUCAAAGUAUUCGGACCAAUAGGCAACAAAGAAGGUCAUUUCUUCAAUCCAUUGUUAAGCUUUUCGGCGAAGAAACUCACGAUAAGCCUGACCUGAUGGAAUAUAUCUUCAUCGCUGACAAUAUGGCAAUGUUCCCGUACCAAAUGAUUGAUGAACCGCUCUACGUCAUCCGACAGAUAGACCAAAAUGUCGCCCAGACCGGACAAGCAUUGCUCAUCCAAUACAAACAUUAUUUGCGAAUUCACGAUACCGAAGACGAAGAUGUGGCGUUUAUUGAUCAAAAUUUGAUAAACAGACUUUCUCAGCUGAAUCAGCCGGACACCUUCCACAGUUUGUUCCUGAACAGUCAAAUUCCAUCGAUUCUAUUAUACAUCAGAAGUUUUUUAAUGCAGCUCUACGGAUUCAAUGAAACGUGAGUGCCUAUUCAAGCUUGGCGAGGCUAUCAGUAACAAGAAAAAUGGGCCCGCUGCGCGGUCCGAGCUGACGCUUGUUUGUUUCUCAGAACCGUUUAAAAUUUCACGUGUUAAUUUCUCAAUUUCUCUGUAUUAUAGGGGCACCGCACAGAAAUGGCGCUCUGUUGAGAAACUCUUUCUGCAGUGCAAAUUGAGCGACCUCGGGGCCGAGUUUGAAAAUUUAGGCCACGUUUUCAGUGGAAAAUUACUUCGCGGCCUAGAAAUUCGGCCAGAUUGCGAACAGCGCGCCCUUUCUGUCCGGUGCCCCUAUAAUAAAAAUGAAGAAAAGUGGGGACGGACAAACGGAGAACUAAGCAAGCAAAGAGACAAACCCGGUAAGAGGUAUAUUAAUAAGAACAAAACUUUUGUAACCUAGGCUCGCUGCGCAGCCCGAGCUCGUUUCGGAACGGUGCCGGCGCCUUUUUUCUCUGAUAGUGGGUCCGCUACAACUUUUCCGUUUUAAAAAUGAAUAAAUGGCCGGAAUUUUUGAAGACUUUUGAACCUGGGUCCGCUGUGCGGACCGAGCUGACGCUCGGAAGCGGCUUUGCCGCUUUUUUGAAUCUCCGAACCGUUUAAAAGUUCACGUGUUCAUUUCCUUGUUUCUCCGUCACAACUUUCUGAGGCUACGCCGAGCCAGAACUGUCCCGAAUCAGAACUAUCCCGGAUCAGAACCGACCUGCAGGUGGUUCUUGUUACAAAAAGUCAUGUUGUGAUGGGUUCUGAUUCGAACAGUUCUGGCUCGGCGUAGCCUCCGCUUGCUUUUUAUUAAAUAAGAAUGAUGACGAUGAUCAUGAUGAUUAUGAUGGUGAUGAUUUCAGAAAAGUUGCUGAGUAUCUUCCCUCGGAAGCUGUUAAAGUUUACGAGAAAGCAGUAUCUCGUCGAAAUAUUCAUAUGUUCAAACCAGUCACUGCUUUGGAAGCACUCGCGCUCCCUCAUCAUCGUGGAUCGUUCGAGCAUACCGCUUUCUUAGCCGAAAAAAUUUCAUCGGUAUUUUUUCAGUUUCGAUUUGCAGUUCAAGAAAAACUUACAGUUCCGAAAAAUGCUUCUUUCUUUGGACCAAGUGGAAGAUAUGGAAGUCGGAGGCAACGUUACAACAGCCAACCAAGGCGAUGAUUACGACGAGGAAGAUGAAGUUGGAGAAGCUGAGCCAAUAGACCAGUGA